CUUCUCUCCGAGCGAACACGCCCCCUCUUCCUCCCCACACCCAAUUCACUCACAUGGUCCUCGCAGGUGGAAUACCUUGAUGCUAUCUCCCCUCCCACAGCCUAGAGUUUCUCCCAAUCCAACCAAUCACAAGGGUACGAAAUCCGGAUAGGGGCGCCGCCGCAUCCCGGGACGAGAUUUCACUCCGGCACCGCCCCCCAGCCUCGCAUCGGUGAUCCACUGGUGGCGCGCCUAGGGUUUCCGGCGGAAUUCGUGAGGGGAUUCGCCGAGGGCGGCGGCCGAGAUGAUCCGGUUGCAGACGUACGCCGUGUUCAGCCUGCUGGCGACGAUAACGUCGGUGUACUAUGCGUUCAGCAGCAGGGAGCAGUUCUACCCGGCCAUGGUCUACCUCUCCACCUCCAAGAUAUGCUUCGUGCUGCUCCUCAACACGGGCCUCGUCGCCAUGUGCGUCGCCUGGCAGCUCGUGAAGCGCGUCUUCCUGGGGACGCUCCGCGAGGCCGAGGUCGAGCGGCUCAACGAGCAGUCGUGGCGUGAGGUUGUGGAGAUCCUCUUCGCGGUCACCAUCUUCCGCCAGGAUUUCUCCGUCUCUUUCCUUGCCAUGGUCGCCGCCCUGCUCCUCGUCAAGGCUCUGCACUGGCUUGCGCAGAAGAGGGUCGAGUACAUUGAGACCACGCCCUCCGUGCCAAUGCUGUCGCACAUAAGGAUCGUGUCCUUCAUGCUAUUCCUUCUUGUCGUCGACUGCCUCUUCCUGGCGAACUCGCUGGGGUCACUGAUACAGAAGCGGGAGGCAUCUGUUGCAAUCUUCUUUUCCUUUGAGUAUAUGAUACUGGCAACAUCGACAGUAUCGACAUUCGUGAAGUAUGUAUUCUAUGUCAGCGACAUGCUAGCGGAAGGUCAAUGGGAGAAUAAAGCAGUGUAUACAUUUUAUUUGGAGCUUAUCAGUGACCUUGUGCACUUGUCUUUAUAUAUGCUAUUCUUCAUAGCGAUCUUCCUGAACUAUGGUGUCCCACUGCAUUUGAUUCGUGAGCUGUAUGAGACCUUCCGCAACUUCAGAAUUCGCAUUUCAGAUUAUAUACGCUACAGAAAGGUGACUUCCAACAUGAAUGAACGCUUUCCAGAUGCUACACCAGAUGAGCUUGAUGCGAGUGAUGUCACAUGUAUUAUUUGCCGUGAAGAGAUGACCACAGCAAAGAAGCUGCUCUGUGGGCACUUGUUCCAUGUACAUUGUUUGAGGUCAUGGCUACAGCGCCAACAUACUUGCCCAACAUGUAGAGCUCCAAUUAUCCCCCCAGAUAAUGGACGUGCAGCAUCAGCACAACAGCAUGGAGCUCAACCUGGAGUUCAGCCUGGCACUGGUACUCCAAGUUCAGGAGGAGCACCAACUGAGAACGUGAACAUGCGUCAAGCAAAACUUGAGGCUGCUGCUUCAGCUGCUUCCUUAUAUGGGAGAUCAUUUGCUUAUCCUCCAGUGAACACUUUGAAUAGGAACUCAGGACCUCUGCACGCUACACCAAGUACUUCACAACCAGGAGAAGCAAGUACUUCCACCGGCCAUCCAUUAGAACCUCAGCCUUCUUAUUCACGUGGUCCAGUUAGUUCAACAACUGGUAGCAGGGACCCUGGAAAUUCACUACAGAAGGCAUAUGAAAAGGCUAUAAGGAGUCAGAUAGAGGUGUUGCAAAUCCAAUUGCAAAUGAUGCAGCAAGGGGCCACCUCAUCGACAACUAGCAAUGAGAACGCUGAGCAAGCCGGAAAAUAAGUGAAGUAGUUAAUAGGCGAAGAUGGGGUCUGGAUAAACAUAUGUUAUAUAUGGAGGUUGUGCAAUACUUGGCAUAAACAAACGACAUAGAUGGAGAUUGUGCAAUAUAUGAGGCGGAACUCUGACGUGAUGCUUGUUGAUGUUGGUAGGCUCGGUUAUGAACAUCAGAUGAUCGUUUGUUUUGUCUGGUAA